GUGCAAUUUUAUACUGUCCAACGCAUCCCUGUCGCUAGCCAAGAGCCAAGUUCGUAAGUUGACUCUGCGGGGAAUAUAUCUUGCUUUACAGAAUUCCUAAUGCUUCCUUGCUCAGUGACAAGCCCCAAGUUGCGGUUUUUCAGCGCAGCCGUCAGUCCAUAUCUCUUUCGAUACGCCCCGUUCCACCGUUUCCGACUGAAGUUUGCUUCCGUCACGUGGAGGAAGUUUGAAAAUCAAGGUGCAAUGGGCAAUCCAAUUGAAUGAUGCUCUAUGGAACAAACACUCAUGUCUUCCGAUCUAGAGUAUUCCGACAAAGAAAUCCGU